UGGCUCCCAGUGCUUUUCCACAGUAGUGUCAUGGUCCGCGGACGAGUCACCAGCGCUGUGCGGCGAUUUGCCACGCACAGCCAUGCGCAACACCACGCGAGCGAAGCUCAUGCGGCUGCUCAUCACCAAGCCGAGACGGCCAUGCUGACUAACAACGGCACUCACGUGUGGCAGAAAAAGGGAUUCGAAUGGUCUACUUACAUGGGCAUCGUGGGCGGGCCCUUGGUCCUCUGGCUCGGACUUGCCAACGCUCCCGACACCGAUUUCGAAGAGUACGGUCGCCGCGAAGCCGUCAAGCGCAUGCGCUCGGAAGACGUCGUGCUGAUUUCCCGACAAAACACGAUCAACGGCCCGUUUGUGUUCGUGAAGGGUGAAAUCGGCGAACGCCCAACAUUGGAAGAGUAAUUCCUCGCUCAAGAAGACGAUGUCAUAUUCCAUGUUAAUCGACUCUCUUUCCACCCA